GUGGGUAAGUAAAAGCAGCUGUGUGUGAAGGGCGAGAGAUGCUGAGGAUCAGGAUGAAUCGCUUCUUCUCACCUCCUCUUUAUAUACAGAGGCAACAGUUUGUGAUUGAUUUUGUCGAAAAAUCCAGACCCAGAACGGUGCUGGAUUUAGGAUGCUCUGAAUGUUCCUUGCUGAGAAAACUCAGAUUUCAUCGCCACAGUGUUGAGUUACUGGCAGGAGUGGACAUCGACUGCGCCGCCAUCCGACUAAAUAUGCAUGCACUGGCUCCACUCAUGAUAGAAUACUUACAGCCCAGUCCCAGACCACUUACAGUCAAACUUUAUGAAGGCUCCAUCACUGAAACAGAGCCCUGCACCAAGGGCUUCGAUCUCAUCACCUGCAUUGAAGUCAUGGAGCACCUUCAGCUUUGGGAAGUGGAGAAGUUUUCAGAGGUUUUGUUUGAAUACAUGGAGCCACACUCUGUGAUAAUAAGCAUGCCGAAUGCAGAAUUCAAUCCUUUAUUACCAGGACUAACAGGAUUCAGACACAAAGACCACAAAUUUGAGUGGACCAGAGCACAGUUUCAAGCUUGGGCUGAUGGAGUUUGCAGGAAAUAUGGCUACUCCAUAGAGUUCACAGGAGUAGGAGACGCUCUUGGUGAGACAAGAGAUGUCGGAUUCUGCUCCCAGGUUGGAGUUUUCCAAAGAGUUGGUGUUUUAAGUGCACAAAGGAACAACACGGAGCUGGAGCCUACAGUAUAUAAACUGCUUUACAGAGUGGUUUACCCAAGCCUCAGUGACAACAAUAUCUUCCAGAAGACUCUAGUUAGUGAAGUCCUCUACAAAGCAGAGCAGCUGAAGAAGGAAUGGCUGGAGGGUCAGGAAGGUGAGCCAUGUGAUUUCACCUCCUGUGAACUCCUCCUACCAUCUGAAACAGGGGUCCAGGCCAGGGAGGAAGAGGAGGUGUACAUGCAAGGGAUCUGGGUGUGUGUGCCACUUUCACGUGUGUGGGCUAAUUCCACAGUACAAGCGCUCUGCAGCAAUAUUCAGCAACUUAGAGACAUACUACUGGUGGACUUGCGAGUGCAGUUAGAUGCAGACAGAGAUAUUAUAAUGCUACCUGUUGUUUAUGAGGAGGGUGAAAAUGAAGAGGAAAUGGAUGAGGGUGAGAGGGCAGGAUGUGUGUCAAGGUCUGUGAAUGAUAAUGUAGAGGACUGGGAAAGUGAACUUUGAUAAUAGAUAGAUAAUUGAUAAUAGAUAGAUAAUGUGUUAUUAGGUCAUUUCAACAAUGAAGUCUCCUCUCAUUGGUACAGUUCAGAAGUGCUCUUCUCAUUUUGAUGUGUGUGCAGAAACAUAAUGGAUAGUAAUAGUCUACAUCUGAUCAAAUUGUGGGGAAGCUCACAUACAGUGGAUAUAAAAUGUUAGAUUGUUUUUCCACCUAUGAUGUGAUGUAGCAACCAAAAUCCAAGUGGAAAAAUGGGGGAAAAAAAACAUGCA